AUGAGUAAUGGUUCAAAAAUUAGUUUAAACCAUUUAAUUGAGUUAAAAUCAGCCAUUGAAAUUGAGUUUUUGGCUAGAUAUAAUGAUAACUUAGAAGCAAUCCAUUCCAUUGAAUCUAAAACCAAAUUACAGGAAUCAACACCAUUGAUUGAAUUGUCUAAAUUGUCUAAAUUAGUUAGGUCACAUUCUACCAAAUUAGGUAUCAUUUUAAAACCGGUUACAUUUAAAGAAACAAAUUAUGAAGCAACUUAUAAAGAAUUGAAGUCACUUAUUGACACAACAUUUUAUCUUUUUAGUCUCUUACCUUUAUUUUAUAACGGUAAAAGAUAUACUAAAUUAUUAUUGCAAAAAUUAGACGAAUCUGUUUUAAGAUAUUUAACUUCAUUGAAAUUGCUAUGUCAAGAAUUGGAAUCUAAAUUUGAUAACAGAGAAUAUGACGAAGAAAGAUUAAUUUGCAUUGGGAUGAUUUGGUCGUGUUGUGAUAGUUGGGAUGAAAUAAGUAAAUUGCAAGACCUUGGUGUCCUUGCAGGGUCAUUUAAGACAAGUUCGCAAUUGAUCCGUGAUGUAAUGGAAGAAGUGGAUGAAUUCCUUGAAGAUCCAGAGGGAAACAUUGGACAAAAACUAGAGUUCCUUGAUGACAAUUUAGAUAGUGCUGAGGAGGAGGAUGUUGUAGUAGUAGAGGAGGAAGAGAAAAGUUCUGAAAAGAUCACAGAGGAUCUUAUUGACAUUAUAUUACCUAUUAUGAAGGAAUGGAAACAUAAAGUUAUUUUAAUUAGAACUCUAUUUAAUUCUUUUAGAAAUGUUAUUAUGUCUAAGGAUCCGCCUAAGAUUUACACUAUUGAGAUGUUAGAUGAUUUGAAUGAGUUACAUAAAUCUAUUGCUGCAGCUGUGGAUAAUCUCACUUGUACAAUAUAUAUGGCAGAUGAAACAUUUACUAAAGAGGAUAUUCAUGAAGAAGUUGAGGAGAUAAAUAGUAACGUAAGGAAAAUGCUAUCUAUUAUAAAAAAUAUAAAAAAGAAGCCAAGUGAUAAGAAUGAGUUUGUCAGCGUCUGGGAGACAAAAUUCUUUGAAAAUUCAACUUCAUAA